UGCUGAAAUAAAAGCAGCGAGCGCGGCAAUACUCCGGGUUUUUAAGCGCAAAACGCUUCUGACUUGUGGGCCUCUCUCUCUUCUUAGUUUAGGGUUUAUCAUCUCCGGCCAAAAUCUCUCAGAUACAGCUGCCACUGCCGCCAUGGUUCUCAAGACCUAACUUUGUCGCUUUAGUGGGGCAAAGAUAUACCCUGGUAAGGGUAUCAGAUUUAUUCGCUCAGACUCCCAGGUCUUUCUCUUUGCCAAUUCGAAAUGCAAGAGUUACUUCCACAAUCGACUGAAGCCCUCAAAGCUAACUUGGACAGCCAUGUACAGGAAGCAACAUAAGAAGGAUAUUGCUGCUGAAACUAUUAAGAAGAGACGUCGAACUACAAAAAGGCCUUACUCAAGGUCCAUAGUUGGUGCUACUUUGGAAGUCAUACAGAAGAGACGAACUGAGAAGCCUGAAGUACGUGAUGCUGCAAGAGAGGCUGCACUCCGUGAAAUUAAGGAGAGGAUUAAGAAAACAAAGGAUGAAAAGAAGGCCAAGAAGGCUGAGGUAAUAGCGAAGGUACAAAAGACCCAGGGCAAAGGUAGCUUGACCAAAGGUGCUGCACCAAAGGGCCCCAAGCUUGGAGGUGGUGGAGGGAAGCGAUGAAGUCCUUUCCUCAUAGUAUAGGUACUAACAAAGUUUUGGAUUUGAGAUCUUAUUUGGAUGAAUCACUAAUGCUUAGAUGUUUGUCCAAGCAUUUAGCCAGUUUUGUUAUAUUGUGGUUUUACUAUAUAAAAUUGAGUGAUGAUUUGUCAAAUGCAAUUGUGCAUGGAUGAAUGAACUGGAAUGAGAGUUUUCAGCUGUUUGGAUCA